AUGCCCCGGAUGGGGGGUGGCAGGCCGUCUAACACAGCCUUUAUCCCUUCCGUGACGUCGCGGCACGAUGCUCUCUUGUCUCUCAUCCUGGUCACAGACAGAUAUGUCAACGACUCUCGCCAUGGCCAGAGCACGCUCUUCUUAUGCCACGUCGCCAGGGAGUGCGCCCAAGCCUUGCUAGAAAGACAGGUUGACGGAACAGCAACUCACCAGAAAACUCGCCGCGGGGCGUCGUAUGGUGAAAGAAAGCAGGUAUCGGACCAGGCUACCGUUGCCGCCCUUCAAGAGCGUCUGGAGCUGCUCGCCAGUCAACAGCAUGACAAACUCGUCACCGAGCUUAUGAAGGCAAACGCUGCCUUGGAGAACGAAAAGAAUGCCCUGCGGAACCGAUUACAGGCGCCUGCUGCAAAAAUGGGAGGCUUGCCAUGUUCUGGGCCCUAUAUCGAGUUCUCUCGGUAG